ACGUUAUUUUCGAUUGAAGGAAGUUAAUGACGAGGAACGCAUGCAGGCAGUCAUAGUUGCUUUGGAAGGGAGGGCCUUAAAUUGGUUUCAGUGGUGGAAAACUUGCAAUCCAAAUCCUAUGUGGGAAGCAUUCAAGGUGGCAGUUGUUCGUUGUUUUCAACCCAUGAUGCUUCAGAAUCCUUUUGAAAUUCUGAUUGGCUUGCGCCAAUCGGGGUUGGUGGAGGAGUAUGUAGAGAAAUUUGAACAAUAUGCUGGGUUUUUGAAGGGAAUUCAUCAAGAUUAUUUGGUUGGCAUUUUUUUGAAUGGGUUGAAAGAGGAAAUCAAGGCUGAAGUUAAGUUGUAUGAACCUAGCACUCUUCCAAAGUUAAUGAUGAAGGCUCAAAUGGUGGAGGCAAAGGUUCGAAUCAUCUCAAAAGGUGGCCCUUUCCAUGUUCAACGCAAUAACAAUGUCUCCAAAACUAUUUCAAUGACUCGCAGUUAUUCAAAGGACGGGGGCAGGUCACUAGGCUAUAAUAAUUCCAGCAGUGGUCGGGGGGACAACAAUGCUUCUUUAGGAACGUUUCGUAGUGAAAAUCAGUCAAAUCGAGCACCUUUUCGGAAAUUGUCUAAGGAGGAAAUACAGGAUUAG